AUGUUCACACGCGCUCUCAGUAAUGCCGCGCGUGUCGUGGCGGUCGCUGCACGGCAAGGUUUCUCACAUAGUCUGACUGUGAGCAGUGCUUCUCUUCAGUUUCAACUGAGAGCCCGCGCAGACAUCAGAAGGAGGUACCGUAGCCGUGAAGGGAACCCACAACUCGGCAAUAGCGGCGGCGCUGAUGUGGGUAGCAUGCCGCUCAACUUCGCUGUCAUACCAGUCUCGCGAAUAAAUAUGCGUAUGGAGUCGCAGCUUGAGUCAUUCCUGAAGAAGCAGGAGAAAGAAACACUGGAGCUGGGCACGUCAGCAGAGUCUCCUAAGAUACGCCUACUGAACGUGCCCCGAACAACAUUGAAGCGCGCCGUGUUGGACUUCAACGUCCGCGGUCAACAAGUGCGUGCAGUCGGUCAGUCAAGGCGAGGGAAGGUGGCAAAGGCGUUGUGCUGCAUGCACGCCGCGAUGCUCAUCGAUCACUUCUCAAUCGAUGGCGUCGGGUGCCACGACAUGCCUCUGCCGCUGGAAGAAGAGGGCGUGUCGUCCGUCCCAUCAAAUGCCGCGCAGACCCCACACCACAAGCACGCACAGGGCUCGCCACUUUCUACCACGUUAAAAUUACCGCCGCCAUGGGCACCGGGCAUGCAGUGGGAAAGGUAUGUGAGUGAUUGCGAGAAUUACAUUCGACGCAGGGAACAGCAGGAGCGAACAGACGCAUACGUACAAUUGCGCGUCCCACGGAGUGGGAACCCCCUUGUCGACCGCGCGGCUGACAUGACAAAGGGUGAGAAGAACAUUAAUCACCUGGCUUUACAGAGAUUGAACAAUGAGAUACGAAACGCAACGAAGGAUAUUCAUAUAACUCGGGUGUCACGACGUAUCUUUGUCGCAACGCUUCUCCUGGAUGAUACGUCGCAACUAAGUGCCACGGGCGUCGCAACAUCCCUGAAAGAGGCCAAACAACGGUGUGCGAUGCAUGCCUUGAACAUUCUCAAACUCGUAAAAGAUCAGCGGUUGGCUUCUUCCCCUCUAGCUUCGGUGUGUCGCGAGGGCUCCUCCACGAGCGCCAUCUCCUCGAGCCUCAGCCCGCGAUACUCAAAGAUGUUAGAUUUUUUUACACUUCUUUGUGGCGUAAAGCCCAAACCGAGCUUUACAAGGGACGGAAGAGGCUACAAGUGUGAGUUGCUACUGGAUGAUGUGACCAGUACCGGCCGGGGAGUCAAUCGAUUCGAGGCUGAACGUGAUGCAAUCGAACAUGCACUAAGUGAGAUGGAGCUGUAUGACGAACGACUGCAAGCAAUUAAUAGUAUCAUCUCUCGUUACCCAAAAAUACAGCCGCAGUGCGUUCCCUCGGCAAAACUUCCAGAAAGCCUGAGGAACGCCAUCCAUGCGUUGGUGCAGCGGGUCCACAAGGAACUCCACCUUGCAGAUGACGGGACCACACUAACCGGGAGCAAGGCCUCUUCCAGUAAAGAUGAGAACAAAAGUGAUGAUACAGAUGAUGUGGUAGACGCGGAGACGCGCGCCACAAUCAAUGCACUACAAGAAAUAAGUCGUGACGAAGCCUACGCGAAUCGAUUGCGGGACCGGUUGUGCACCUUGCGAGCCGAUCCAAAGUACCUUGAGCGGUACCAUGCACGGCGGUCAUCGCUCUCAAUUAAUGCCGUGUCGCAGAGCAUCUUAAAUGAGCUCCAACAGAACCGCGUCGUCGUAGUGUGUGGUACCACAGGCUGCGGGAAGACGACACAAGUGCCACAAUAUAUUCUUGAUGCAGAAAUAAUGGCUGGUCGCGGCGACCAGUGUUGCAUCGUCGUUACGCAACCGCGGCGAUUGAGUGCAUUUAGUGUUGCGGAACGAAUCGCCAGUGAGCGCCUGUCAGCCGUGGGUGGCGACGUUGGAUACGCCGUGCGAUUGGACGCACGUCCUGGCCGUCACGUUACGCUAUGCACAACAGGUGUUUUGCUGCAGAUGUUGGUUGGCAUGCCAUCGCUUGAUGCGGUAAGUCACUUAGUCAUUGAUGAAGUGCAUGAACGCGACAUUAAUUGUGACGUGCUCCUCGCUCUAGUUAAAGAUCUCAUGGAAAGUGGGGGGAACCCACGCCUGAAGGUUGUUCUCAUGAGCGCGACAAUGCAGUCUGAUAUGUUCGCAUCUUACUUUGGCAGGGCGCCUGUGAUCAGUGUGGAAGGCGCCACAUACCCGGUGGAAGUGCGGUACCUUGAUGAUGUGGCUGCCCUUCUCCAGAAACAAACCAACCCCAGAAAUGCCUACUACAGUACCAUGUUUGACUCUCUAACUGCGGCUCGGGGGGCCGGUGAAGUCGGAAGAAGAGGAAAGGGGGCGGCCAACAGAGGCAGAUCGGGUUUUGGCGCAAAGAAGCAGUUGCUCAGUUCUCCACUGAAAACAGACUAUAGCCUCAUUGCGCAGCUUGUUCGCCGAAGCGUCGAAGUGGACCUCAACAACGACGUUUUCGGUAAGUCUGUUCUUGUCUUCCUUCCCGGCUGGAAGGAGCUAGUGGCGGCAAAACAAGCCAUCGAGGGUCUUGGGGACGGCCAACGGUACCAUAUAAUACUUCUCCAUUCAUGUGUUGAUGCGGCGAAGCAACGCGAAUGCUUUGCGCCAGCGCCCGUAGGAAAGGUAAAGGUGGUUCUUGCCACCAACAUUGCCGAGAGUGGCAUCACAAUUGAUGAUGCAGCAGUUGUUAUCGAUACUGGACUGAUUAAACAAACCACGUGGGUCUCGCGUGUCUCCGGGCUCCAGCAGCAGGGAAGGGAGCUUGGCAUCCUUGCAGCACCCAUGUCAACAACAUACGCCACGCAGCUGUCGCUGCGGUAUGCAAGUCAGGCGAACUGCACUCAGAGAAAGGGACGGGCGGGGCGGACACAGGGAGGAGUUUGCUACCGGCUGUUCGUGCGUGACGUAUGGGAUGUGCUACCGGCUUUCCAAGAGGCAGAAAUUCAUCGUGUGCCUCUGACGCAAGUGUUGCUUAAACUCCUAGCUCUUGGUCACGACAGGCCGAAGGAAAAACUUCGCACGUUUAUUGAGCCUCCAUCCGAGAAAAAUGUGGAGGACUCCAUGCGCCAGCUGCAGAGCCUCGGUGCGGUGUCUGCCGACGAACGGCUCACGCCCCUUGGCCUCUACUUGUCACGACUUCCCUGCGAACCGACGGUAGCGAAGAUGAUUAUGAUGGGCGCUGUCCUCCGCUGCCUUGACUCUGCAUUGACGAUGGCUGCAACGGGCGACGUGAAUCCGUUCCUUUCAAGCCGUGAUAUGUCCUUUGAGGUGAGGGUCCGGCGGCGUGUGUUUGCAAUGGGGUCGCAGAGCGACCAUAUUAGCGUAUUGAAUGCGUAUAAUGCGUACAGUGCACGGCGUGCCGACGCCGGCUUCGCCAAGGAAAACUUUCUGAGCGCAAACAAUAUGAGGCUUAUCUCCCGGUAUAAGCAACAGUAUCGCGAUAUUCUUCAGCGUUCAGGAUUUAUUCGCGACACAGAACUAAACUCUCCACAGUUCACAAGCGAAUGUGGGAGUUUUGGUGGAGAUGGUUCUCACGUUUUGUACUUCGACGAUGGACCGCUUUCAGCUGACGCCACAGAUGUGUCGCUAGUGAAGGCUUGUCUGUGUGCAGCACUUUUUCCGAAUGUGGCUGUUCUUGACCCGACACCGCUGCUCCAGCAACAGGGGAAAAAGGCGAAAACGUUGGUGAUGCGCACUUCAACACGCUCCGCUAUUUCACCAUCAAAGGAUAGUGCGUGUCGCCGUACAGGCUCACCGCAAGCACAUACCUGUUCCACACCACAAGAUUUAUUCAGCCCGCACAACGAUGAGCACAUGGAUCUUCCCUCUAUGUUGUAUAUUUAUCAGGGUAUUUUUUCGUUGAAGGAGUCUCGAGAAGAGUUUCUAACCCAAGUUUCCUCCGUUAGCCUUUGGGCGCUGCUUCUCUUUGGUGUUGGAGAGGCUGACAUGCACUACGACAACCAGGUGCAACUGUGCGUCGUGGGAAACUGGAUUGGCAUUCAUAUGGACUCCGAGUCAUACAAGGCCCUUGUUGCGAUUCGUACCAUUUUGCACGCGUGUGUGUGGCGCAAGUACAAGCACCCGGAGGAUCCCGGAAAUAAUCGAGCGCUCGAGGAACUCCACCGCAUUUGCAAGGGUAUUUUGAAGUCACCACCGAACGAUAAGGAACAAUACCUGAAUAAUCUCGUGGACACGGGAAGGAUUUUCUCUCCAAUGGAAGUGCAGCAGCUAACCGAUGAUGUCAAAAUGGAGAGACUCAAUGGGGAACAAGAUGACGACGGCAACAGAGACGUAUGGGAGUUACACGAGGUGUGA